UUUUGUCACGUGACACCGGCGCCGCAGACCACGUGGUGCGGGCGGCCAUGGCGGCGGCGGCCCAGCGGGGCGGAAGCGGCGGCGACGCCGGGGGCGGCUCAGGGGGUCGUGAGCCUGACCCGCCCCCGGGGGGAGGCGGGGCUUCGUCGGACCAGAUCAUGCGGACCGGGUCGAUCCUGCUGCACGGGUUCAUCCGGGACCGCGUGGAGCGCUGCGGGGACGCGCAGGCGGUGGCGCUGAGCCAGGCGGAGCUGGGGGCGCCGCAGCCCAUCAGCCCCGAGACCAAGCGGCUGAGCGAGUGUCUGCGGCGCAUCGGGGACGAGCUGGACAGCAACACGGAGCUGCAGAGAAUGAUCGAGCAGGUCGGCUGCCAGGCCCCCAAGGAGCUUUUCUUCCGAGUGGCUGCCGAGAUGUUUGCGGACGGAACCUUCAACUGGGGCCGCGUUGUCGCCCUCUUCUACUUUGCCUGCAAACUGGUGCUGAAGGCACUCUGCACCAAGGUCCCCGAGCUGGUCCGGACCAUCCUGAGCUGGACGCUGGAGUACCUGAGGGACCACGUCCUGGCCUGGAUCCAGGCCCAGGGGGGAUGGGAAGGGCUCCUGUCCUACUUUGGCACCCCCACUUGGCAGACCAUCACCAUCUUCGCCGCCGGUGUCCUCACGGCUUCACUCACCAUCUGGAAGAUGUCAUAGACUUGAGGGGGGGGUCGCAGCCCCCCCCCCCACCCUGUGCCCCUUCCCACCACUCUCUACCCCCCUCGCAAGGACUGGCCCCUGCUGGCAGGGAUGGUGCUGACCCCCCCUCCAGCCCCCCGGGCACUGUGCCUUUGGGAGGGGGGCUUUUUAACGAACAGGACUUCGUUAGGACUCACCCCCAAGUUUUGGGGGGCUGAGAUGCCCCCACCCCCGGGCAGCUGUGGCCCCCCCCAGACCUUCUCCACCCCCUGCCUGAUGCCCAGGGGUGGGGGGGCUGCAGCCCCCGGUGUGGUUUGACCCCAGGACUCGUGGUGCUUUGAGUGAGGGGUUCCAGCCCCUGCCCCCCCCAUAUGGAGGGGAUGGGUGGGGGGUGUUUCUGUAACCCCCCCCCCAAAAAAAAAAAAAAGAAAUAGGGCUGGGGGGUGGGGGGUGGGAGGGCUGCAGCUGUGGCUGCAGGUCAGGUAUUUAUUGGGGGCUCAUGCCCCACGAAGGCCCCCCCAGGUGCAAUACCCCCCUCCCCCUGGGGCAGGGCCCCCUCCCUGCGGGGGCUCUCAGGGUGGGGGGGGGUCUGAACCCCCUGUUUACACCCCCUUUGUUCCCCCCCCUCGCAAUCAGUGUCCCCCAGGAGCUGCAGUGACCUCCCCCCCUCUCCCUCGGUGCUCUUGGGGAUGAUGUCAUGAAAUGAUGUCACAAAAUAAUGACGUCAUGGGGGGGCCCCAUCCUCCCCUCCCUCUGCCUGGGGGGGAGGGUGGUCCUGCCUUUCCCCCCAGAUUGUCUUUUGAUUUUUUUUUCUUUUUUAAAUUUUUUAGUUUUUCUUUUUUAUGGUUUGAUUUUCCUUUUCUUUUGUACCGUGUUUUGUAUCUCGGGAACUUCAAUGUCAAAAUAAAAGGGGAAACGGA